AUGUUUUUUCCUUUUUUUAUUCUUUCGUGGAUUUUUUUUCCUUUUUUUUUUUAUUGUUUCCUGGAUUUUUUUUCCUUUUUUUAUUCUUUCCUGGAUUUUUUUUUCCUUUUUAUUCAUUUAGAAUUUUUGUUUUUUUUUCUCUCAUUUUUCUUUUCUUUUUGUCAUUUUUAUAAAUUUUCCUGCUUUCCAUUUCUUUCUUACCUAUUUCUAUUUUCCCCAUCAGGCUUUUUUUUAUUUUGUGGUACUUGUUCCUUUUUCAAUUUGCUCAAAUUUGUCAAAUAUACUUUUUUUUCCUUUUUAUAUUCUUUCCUGGACUUUUUUCCUUUUUUUAUUCUUUCCUGGAUUUUUUUCCUUUUUUUAUUCUUUCCUGAAUUUUUUUCCUUUUUUUUAUUCUUUCCUGGAUUUUUUUCCUUUUUUUAUUCUUUCCUGGAUUUUUUUCCUUUUUUUAUUCUUUCCUAUUUUUUUUUUCCUUUUUUUUUUUAUUUUCCUGGAUUUUUCCUUUUUUAUUCUUUCCUGGAUUUUUUUCUUUUUUUUAUUCUUUCCUGGAUUUUUUUUCUUUUUUUAUUCUUUCCUGGAUUUUUUUCCUUUUUUUAUUCUUUCCUGGAUUUUUUUCUUUUUUUUAUUCUUUCCUGA